AUGGCCAGCCAUUUCCCGUCCGAACAUCACGAUGAAACACUCGAAGCAGAUGCCCACAAAGAGCGGAGAAGAGUUCAAAAUCGCCUGAACCAGCGCGCCAGCCGUAAAAGAAAAGCAUUACUAUCUGUCAACAACCCCAGGUCUUCCGCUCGAAAGUGGACAGUUUACGUCGAUCAAAGUCACCGGACGGUGGAAUCACCAGCUAGCGAGGAGAACACGGUUCAUUUCUGCUACCUUGGCUUAGAUGCUCGCCAGAACAUCCUGAAGAAAUUAAAAGACCACAUCUACCAAGCAUUUGCCACGAACACACUAUCCUCCGAAUUACUCCUGCCAGUUACUCAAUGGAACAUCAUCCGUGCCAUGAGCACCAACGCUACUACGAUGGGUCUAACCAUGGCGCUCUUAGCGGAAGACAUCGCCUCCCCGUUUAAUACUCCCGGUCCGUCUACCAUUGAUAUACCACCUAGUUUACAACCAACAUACCUGCAAAAAAGUAUCAUGCAUCAUCCCUGGAUCGAUUUGUGUCCCGUCUCCUCGAUCCGGGACGCGCUUCUACGGAAUCUGCAUCUGUACUCGGAGGAUGAGCUUUGCCAUGAUCUCUUCGGUAGCUCCGGUGAUUGUAGUCAACCGACUGGAUUGCUGAUCUGGGGUGAGGCGUGGGAUCCGUUUGCGUAUGAGAUAUCUGAAAAGAUGGCGCGGAAAUGGGGGUGGUUAUGGAGUGGAUCUACUGAGGCUUUCCAGUCUACGAAUUAUUGGAGGUUGCAGCGGGGCGAGACAUUUUUGAUUACACAAUGA